CUCAAUGAUAAGAAAGAGUAGGCGGACUGAGAUUAGCACUAUAUAAGAGCUGCAUCCACAAAACGAACUCAAAUACAUAUUUAGGACCUAACUACACGUUGUAGGGACCAAACGUUUAAACCAUAGAUAAUUCAGUACCGGAAAUGAGGCCACACCCAAUCCUAAUGCUGGCACUAGUGCUUGGGCCAAUUCUACUGGCCAAACCAGCGAUAUCUGGUACACACUGGAUAGUGCUGCCGGACAAAAUUACGCCAAGUGUGCCUCUGCCCAUAACGUUCAACUUUUACAAUACGUCAGAAGACGUGAUGGUCAAAAUGGACCUUCUUCAGGACGACCACCACAGUCUUGUAUCUCUUACACAUACGUUUGCUAACGGAGAAGGCGGAUUGCUUCAGAUACAGGUACCUGCGGACAUAGGACAACCCAAUAUCACGAGAUUCACGCUACUCGUACAUGGACUGAGCGGGGUCUAUUUCCAGCAACACGCUCGACUAAAUUACGACUCUGGCACGGUCCCAAAACGUUUCGCAGUCCACAUUCAGUUAGACAAAUCGGUUUACAAACCAGGACAGACAAUUAAUUUCCGGACAUUCGGAGUCUACUCUGACAUGACUGUUUUCAACGGACGCUUCAAUGUCGACAUUUAUGAUCCUAAGGACAACCAUAUGAAAAAGCUGGCAAACGUCACUUCCGGCACAUAUGGGGUGCUCGAGGAUUUCAUGCUCAUGGAUGAAGAGCCCGUUCUAGGCACAUGGCGGGUAGAAUCACGUGCUUUAAGGCAUCGGUACGACGGCGUCGAGUAUUUUGAGAAGUCAAAUUCAAAGACAUUUCAAGUAGACAAAUAUGUGCUACCGAAAUUCGACGUGAAUGUCAACUUGCCGUCCUAUGUUGUUACCACUGAUAAGGAAAUGCAAGGGUCUAUCACAGCAAAAUACACAUACGGGAAACCUGUCAUCGGAACAGCAAAUGUAACAGCCGACAUUAACUACAAUGGGGCACCUUGGAAGAUCCGGGGCGAUGAAGUCAUGGUCAAAAUAUCGCUCGAUCUUAACGGUAAUGCUAAAUUCACGAUUCCCUUCGACCAACUCCUGAACGAAGUUGACCCCUAUUCAUACCAACCACUGGUAGAGAAACUGGCCGGCUAUCAACUCAUCAUAAGGGUGAAGGUCACUGAGAGUCUAAACAAUGUCACAAGGGAAGCUACGGGAUCGGUUCUCUUCUACAAAGAACCCUUCACAGUAUCGUUCGCUCGUGAUAGCAGUCCAACCUUCUUCAAACCUGGCCUGCCUUACGUUGGACACAUCAAGUUAACGCAAGCUGACGGGCGUCCAGUCAUAUCUAACGCAACGGAUAUUUUGUUACGGAGUUACGUAAAAUUUUACGACAAAAGCCACGGAAAGUACCGAGCUCACACUCUACCGGACAAGCAUUUCGCUCCAUCACCAACUGGUAUUAUCGAGUUUAUGGUUGAUCCUCCAGAAAACGCCACCUCUCUCCAUCUUCAAGUUGAGUACAAAGGACUUACCAACACUUACGACAUGACAAAGCCGUCCUGGUUGAUUGAAAAUGGAAACCUUCAGCUGUCUCAAGUCAAUUCAUCAAUGAUCGGGGAAGUCGUUGAUUUUCAGUUACUCGGUGCGGUGCCACUUGGAAAGGUUUUCUACUAUGUGAUAACAAACGACCACGUUACCCUAUCAGGAGCACUAGACUCGAUAUCCAAAACAGAGCAUAUUCACUUUCAAGUUAAGGAAGAUAUGAAACCAUACAGCAAACUAAUCGUGUAUUACUUCACCACGGAUUCCUGGAAUGCGGAUUCCAUUCAUUUUGUUGCAAAGACAUCCGCUGAUGUCUUCCAAAACAAGAUAUCAAUGUCGUUUGACAAAACUCAAGCCGAACCAGCUGAGAAUGUUUCUCUUCAAAUUUCCACUGAUGCUGACUCUCUAGUGAACAUUCUUGCCGUAGACCAGAGUGUUUUAUUGUUGGCUACUGGAAAUGACAUCACCCAAUCUGAUGUAAUAACCUCACUACGUCCGAACGACAGGCCUUCCCAGAAUGCAGCCUCUAUGCACGACCCAAAACAGAUCAUGCAGACCUCGGGUAUACAGGUUCUCUCGGAUGUAACCAGUUUUUCCUGGGCAGCCCCUCACUAUAAACGACAAGUGGACUGUUUCCCCGGAGGUCCUGUAUCUACAUAUGCUCCGAUACAGUAUCCAACGUAUGUGCCAGGUAUGGUUCCAACUCCAGCUCCAGGCACGACACAUGCUCCCAAUUAUAUACCAAGUCCAAUGCCUGGAAGUACAUAUGCUCCGGGAAAGUAUCCAACGUAUGUGCCAGGUAUGGUUCCAACUCCAGCUCCAGGCAUGACAUAUGCUCCCGGUAUCAUAUCGACAGGUAACUCCGGAUCCACGCUACAGGAAGUUAAACACACGAGAGAAAAUUUCCCCGAGACUUGGUUGUGGACAAACAUAGUUUCUGAUCAAAACGGCGCCGCUGUAAUCUCUGCGACGGUUCCGGACAUGAUUACUUCCUGGUACGCGACGGCCUUCUCGGUUAACGCGUUGUCUGGACUUGGAAUCACCGAUGGUCCAUCAAAGUUCACGACGUUCCGGCCAUUCUUCGUCAGUCUGAAUCUGCCCUACUCUGUGGUGAGAGGCGAGCAGGUCGUCCUGCAAUCAAACAUCUUCAACUACAUGGGCCAGGACCUCGACGUGACAGUAACAUUGGAUAAAUCCGAUGACUUUGACGUCAUUCAAAACAAGAGUGGCCAUGUGACAUACCAAUCCAUAGAUGUUGUCACUCAAAUACACGUCAAAGCAGGAGCGGCAGCGUCAGUUUUCGUGCCAAUUGUCCCUCGUAUCGUCGGUCAAGCGGAGAUAUUCGUGAAAGCGCAGUCACCUUUCUCAGCAGAUGGCGUCAAACGACAACUUAAGGUCGAGGCUGAAGGAAAGAAGAUGCACUACAACGUUCCCUUACUGAUAAGCGAGCUGAACCCGACCGACGUGGUUUUGGCUUUCCCCGAUAACCUCGUGCCAGACUCGCAGAAAAUUCAAGUUGCUGCUAUUGGUGAUAUUAUGGGCCCUACCGUAAAGAAUCUAAAGUCUCUGUUACGCUUGCCGACUGGUUGCGGUGAGCAGACGAUGACGAGUUUUGCACCUGAUGUGUUCGUGUACAACUACCUGCAGGCCUCAAAUCAACUUACGCCGGAAAUUGCAGAUAUGGCUAAACACUACAUGAACAGAGGUUACCAACGUGAGCUUACGUUCCAGAGAUCAGAUGGAUCCUUCAGUAUCUGGGGCCAACAGGACUAUCAGGGAAGCAUGUGGUUGACGGCGUUUGUAUUAAAGUCGUUUUCCCAAGCUCACAGGCAUAUUUUUGUGUCCGACCAUAUGCUGCGUACUGCAACCACAUGGAUUUCGUACAAUCAGAACUCGGACGGCUCUUUCCGGAGUGUUGGAGCAGUUCACAGUACCUCUUUACAGGGAGGCAGUUCAUCUAAGUACAGUCUGACAGCGUUUGUGCUGAUUGGCCUGUUAGAAGCUGAGCAAGUACUUAAAAAUGAAUACCGUCUCACCAAUAUUGCUGCAAAGGCUCGCGGAUUUCUUGAGCUGCAUCUAGCCAAUUUGAAUCAUCAGUCUAAUGUGGAGUUGAUUAACGAUACUUAUGAUCUGGCAAUUACUGCUUACGCACUGGCCAAAGCGGGAAGUGUCCGAUCGUUUGACGCCUACACCAAGCUGAAGAGCAGAGCAACCACAACUAAAGACGGCAAGAUGUUCUGGCGAAUUCCAAGGGCUCAGUACACGUACAGCUACUGGGAAAGUUUCUACGCUCGAGAGUCACCGCUUUCCGUGGAAGCCACUGCCUACGCACUACUUUACCUCGUUCAGACCAGACAACUUUCUGAAGGGAUGCCACUCGUUAAGUGGCUCGUCUCCCAGCGUAAUUCACUCGGAGGUUUCACGUCUACGCAAGACACGGUUAUUGGUCUAGAGGCCUUGUCAGCCUUCGGGUACGUUACCACCGCAAACCUGGACCUUAAUAUCGAUGUGAAUGGCGUUCAUUAUAACAAGAGUAUGCAUGUAACAAAGCAGGAGGCAAUGGUCAUGAAGCUACUAGAUGUUCCGUCCAGCGCCAUUCCAGCCUUCAGGCCACAUGGCGUGCACACAACUCCGGCCAACUCCCCGCUUCCAUCGAUAAGCAUUGAGGCACACGGAAACGGGUCCGCUCUCGUGCAAGUUUCAGUAUCGUUCAAUGUGGAGACUGAGCCAGCUGCUCCAGCGUUCAACCUAACAUCUGAAGUUGUGCAAGAGUCGCUACAUUCCAUUGUCGUAAAAACGUGCGCCAGGUACCUUUACUCCUUGUACCAUGGACCGGGCAUGGCGGUCGUAGAAAUCGAUAUGCCAACAGGUUUCGAGGCGGACCUUGAAAGCAAGAAUUCUGACAUCUCCUUAUCCAAAAAGUCUGAAAUCAGGGACCAGAAAACCGUCGUUCUCUACUACGAUGAGAUUGGUCCGUACGGAGACACCUGCUCCUAUGUUGAAAUGAUCAGAUCCGACCUCGUGGCCAACCUGAAGCCUGCUCCAGUCAGAGUCUUUGACUACUAUGAGCCAGAGCGAUUCAAGGCCUUGGCAUUCUACGAGUCGAGUGUCCUGCGGGAUUCCUCCUUCUGUGAUAUCUGCGCUGACUGUGGAUGCUAAUCAUGUUCGCUUUCGGCAAUGAUUUUGA